AUGAAGGCUACCGCGACCCCCGACGCGGCCAUGCCGGACGCAGCAACCAACGAAAAGCUCGAAAAUAUCCCCCCUAGCACUCUAUAUGCAGCCGCAAGCUCAUCGGCACGAGACCCGGUCUUGAACAUUCGUCACAGGCCAGGCUGCAUCACGGGUGCCCACAUUUCAUCUCAGCAUCUCCUCAAUUCCGCCAAACCAGCUGGUGUAGCGUCGCACAGGGAUAUUACUGAGGUAUUGAUGGUUGAGAAUUACGGCUUGAAAGGAUCGUAG